AAUUAUUUCAAUUACGCACUAAACAUGCAUCCUACAACACAAUUACUAGAAAAUGCAAGAGAACGCGUAACAUUUCCAGUUGGAGAAUUAACAAAGCUCCUUUAUGUUAAUGAUGAGAUAUAUGAGACAUUUAUGAAGGCUCAAAAGAUAAUAGCAAAUGAGCCUACCAUUCGCAAUCAUCCAGAUUAUCACAAUUGGAGUCGCAAGCAAUAAAUCAUAAAGUCCUAUGAGAAAUUGAGGAUUAUGCAUUAGCAUUUCAAUUUGGCUAAUGCUGUCCACUGGGCUCCCCUUCUGAGCAUCUUCUAAGGAACAACACCAACAGCAGUAUCCUUUGCAAUGACAGUGCCUGCCUUGAGAUUUCUGGGAACAGACGAGCAAUUCAACUUAUGGGGACCCAAAUUCCUGACCAUGGAGAUCGUUGCCGCCUAUGCCUAGACAGAGAUUGGUCAUGGAAGUGACGUGCAGAAUUUGGAAACUACCGCCACUUAUGAUCCUUAGAGCAAUGACUUUGUUCUUCACACUCCGGCGGUAUCAGCAGUUAAAUGUAAGCGGCUAUGGAAAUCUAUCUAGUUUGGCCUGGAGAAUUAGGCUUUUUAUCCAAUUAUGCGCUGGUCUAUGCCAAGCUCAUUUUCAAUGGCAAGAACAAGGGAGUCCACCCUUUCAUGGUGUAAAUCAGAGACAAUUCCACUCAUAAACCCUUAAGAGGAGUGACAGUCGGGGACAUCGGGCCAAAAUUAGGUUAUACAACAAAGGACAAUGGAUAUUUGGCAUUUGACAAUUACAGAAUCCCUUUGAAUAGCAUGUUGGCUAGAUAUGUAAGGAUAGAGAAUGGUCAAUUCUCAAGACACGGAAAUGAGAAGGUAAAAAUAAGAAUGAAUUUAUACUUAGAUAUCCUAUGCAUCAAUGAUGGUGUCUAGAUAAUUGAUUAUUUUCAUUUAUCCAAGAAUGGCUGCUCAAGCUCUGACAGUUGCAAUCAGGUACUCUAUUACCAGACAGCAAUUCACAAACGACAAGAGAGAGGAGAAUUCAGUGAUUGAAUAUUAGACUUAAUAGGACAAGUUGUUACCAAGAUUAGCCACUUGCUACGGAAUGAUUUUCGCAGGAAUUAGAAUAAUGCAAUUGGUUGAUGACAAUUUCCACAGAGUCUAAAAGAAGGACUUCAGUACUCUCCAGUAGUCACAUGCCAUCCUAAGGUAUUCUUCAAAAUAUAAUAACAUUAAGUGCAGUGAAGGCCUUCUCCUCAUAAUGGGUCGUAGAUACAACAGAAUGGUGCAGAUUAUCUUGUGGUGGCCAUGGUUAUGCUCAUUAUUCUGGCAUUCCCGCAGUCUAUUUUGAUACUGCUCCUAAUGUUACACUAGAGGGAGAGAACUAAGUGAUGUAUCUGCAAGUGUCUAGGUACUUGCUCAAGGUGUUAUAAUAUGCAGAAAAGACUCCAGAGAAAGUACCAUUUUACUUCACCUUUGUAUUACACAUCAAAGAGACUUUAGCAAAUAAAGAUUUGAGUAUUUAUUACCACAACGUAUUCUAGACACUUCAUUAGGACAUUGGCUUAAGUUAACUCUGACAAUCCAAUUGAUCCAAGUUGGUAAAAGAAUCAAGGACUUAAUGAAUACAGGCAAGACAUUCCAACAAAUCUGGAAUGAACAUGUUGGUAUCCAUUUGUUGUCUCUUGCUUAAAGAUAUGCUGAAUAUUUCAUCUAUCUUGUCUUUCAGGAGUAUAUUGCAAAUGCUAAUCCUUCUGUUAAAGAGAUAUUGCAAUAACUUUGUGACUUAUACUGUGUAUAAACCAUACUGGACAAUCCAAAUACACUCAUUGAGUCCGGCUAAAUUACACAAGAAUAAUUGAAAUCCUUUAAUGAAUUGAAAAUUGAAUUGUUUGCUAAAAUUAAACCAUAGGCAAUUGGGUUGGUUGAAGCAUUCAAUUUUAAUGACAAUGCUCUAAGAACUUGUAUUGGGUGUCAUGAUGGAAAACCAUAUGAAUAUAUCUAUGAUUGGGCAACAAAGGAGAAUUCAGUCAAUAAGGUACCAUAAGCAGUAAUUGAUUUAAUGGGCACAAAAAUCAAAGCAAAAUUAUGAUAUUAAUAAUAUAUUAAAUUAAUAAAAUGGUG